AUGUCUUCUUACUCCAACUCCCUUCUAUUUCAUCUUGCUCCAUUCUUUUCUUCCUGGUCUUCUUUCUUCUCCUUAUGUCUUCUCUCAGCAUCUUCUCAGUUCACUCCAAGGGCUUCUUCACCAUCUUCUUCUUUCUGCUUCUUCUUCUUGUGUACAUCUUCGUCUAUUUCCAGUCCUUCUCCUUCUUCAUCAGGUUAUCUUCUUUCUUCUUCAUCCUUCUUGCAGAUGAACCCUCCUUCUCCCACCUUCUUUCUGCUUCUUCUUCUUUUCUCAAGAGUUGACCACAUAUCUGCUUUUUUUUUUUUUUCUUUUUUUCCUGUUGUUCCUUUGUUUUUUUUUGUUUUUUCUUUUUUUUUCCUGUUCCCUUGUUUUUUUUUUUUCCUUUUUUUUUUCCUGUUCCCUUGUUUUUUUUUUUUUCCCCUUGACCACCCAGGUUUCAUUAUUGACAACCUUUUUUUUUUUUUUCUAUUUGACUCCUUCUUCUUCCUCUUCUUCUAUCUGCUUCUUCAUCUUCUUACUCUACUUCUAUUUCUCCUUCUUCUUCCUCUUCUUUCUUCUCCUUCUUCUUCCUCUUCUUCUUCCUCCUUCUCCUUCUUCUUCUUUCUUCUUCUUCUUCUUACACUUUUUCUAUUUCUCCUCCUUCUAUUUCUCCUCCUUCUUUUUCUUCCUCUUCUUCUUUCUCCUUCUCCUUCUUCUUCCUCUUCUUUUUUCUGCUUCUUCUUCUUCUUACUCUUCUUCUUUCUUCUCCUUCUUCUUCUUACUCUUUCUUCUUCUUUUCUUCGGCAAGCAGAAAUUCAAGCGUUCUCUCUGCUUUAA